AGUUUUUGCAACUGUUUAUAAUUUUAAAAAGUAAAAUAAAAUGCAUAAAAAACGCUGCUUACUCCUUAUGGAACUAAAACAUUUAUAGAAAAAAACAAUAAAAAAUAAACUAUUUGAUAAAACCAACAAUAACCAUCAUUAAUUUUCUGCUAAAAAUUUGACAUUUUUUAUAUAAAAAAGUAAAAUGUCAAAACGACAUAGAAAUAGCAAAAACAAAUCUUGUCAUUUGUAAAAAAGAUGGCCAACAGUGAAGUGAACAGUUAAGCAAAGUUUAGUUAAAAUUGUUUUUUCUAUAAACAAAUUUAAAAAAUUUAAACAAAUUUGUACUUGAAGAAGUGUUUUAGUGUUCAAGCUUUAAUUAAUGAUAAAAAUUUAAAAAAAAUUACUUCAAUUUCCUUAAAAAUCAAGAAAUUUAUAAACAGCUUGUGGCUGUUAGCAGAAAAAUAUUCCAGUUUUAUAUUAAAUAGAGUUUUCUUGUAAUAGUUUUACGUGUUAUUGAUAAACAUUGCCUAAAAUUUCAUUUGUGAAUUACAAUCAAAUUAAAAUCAUUUACAUAUAAAUUUCACUUUAUUGUAACAAAAAAAAAAAAAAAAACACAAAAAGUAGAAAAUUUGGCGCAAUUAUUUAUGCAAAACUUGUAAAGUGCAGCAACAAGUUUACAUUUGUUUAGGUGUUUAUUUGUGUGACCAAAAGUGCAUAAGUGAAAGAAAAAACCACAAAAUCCUAAACAAACUUGCAAAAACAACAACAUUAAAACGGUAAAAUAACUGAUAAGAGAUAAGUGACCAACAAACAACAACAAUAACAACAGAUUUUACUUAUGUAUGUGUAUCUUUGAAGUUAAUGAUAUUUGCUGUUGGAAAAACAACAGAAAAUGAAGAAGAUCCCCUAACAGAAUUUUAAAAUAAACAAGAAGGCAUCAUUGUUGGUUGCUAUUUAAUGAUAUUUACAACAACAACAACAAAUACUAGAAAGAGGAUGCUACUGCAGUUUACAAAAGUUUUUAUUGUGUUUUGUUUUGGUUUUUGAAAUACAGUCAUUGUCAUCGUCUGUACACAGAUUUAAAGCGUUGGCGACAAACUACCAUGACGGAUUCAAAUAACAAAUAAAACAACAAAGCAAAGUUAAAAUUUUAAUGUGUUCAAAAAAAAAAAAAAAACAAAAAAAGGAAAUGAAAAUAAAUGCACGUUUUUAGUACAGAUUACAGUAACAAAUAAGAAAAGAAGCCAAAAAGAAAACAACAUCAAAGUAAAGCAAAAAAAAAAAAAAAAAAAUAACAAGAAAGCAUUUUAAAAAGAAAAAAAUACAAAAAAGCAACAGCAAGUGUUGUGUUUAAAAAUAAAAUCACAUAAAAGGACUUUGUAAACCUUUUUUUUUUUUAACAAAAUUGAAAAGAAAGCUACAAAGAAAAGGUUUAAAGUUUAGAUUUAAUAUAAAAAGCUAAACAAAAAGAACAUUAAGAAAAAUAUACUAAAGAAUAAGAAUACUCUACAAUUUAUCUUACGUCUUUUGUUGUUUUGCACCAUAAAUGGACUUUGAGUCUGAGUUAAGUUUUCAAAAUUUAACAGACAAUAUGGCAGCAGCAACAGCUACAAACGUUACCUCCAGCUCAGCAUCAACAACAAUAGCAACAACGUCGACAUCAUCAUCAUCAUUAUUAUUAUCACCAUCAACAUCAUCUUCGACAACAACAACAACGACUAACCCCUCUAUUAGCCAUAAUAAUUUCCAUGAAUUAUGCCGCAGUUGCGGCAAAACAAAUGCUGCUGAACUAUAUGAUCUCUUUCAAACCACAAAUUCACCAUUUAAUACAUCAUCAACCACCUGUUAUACACAUUUAAAUAAUUCCAACACCUCCUGCUCCACAUCGACAACUAAAUGCUCAUUUUCAAAAUCUUCUUUGUCGUCGUCGUGCUUAACAUUUGAUAGUGUGGCUGCAACCGCAAAAGCCACCGCCAAAGGUCAAAGUAAUAUGGAUAAUAUUUUACAAGAAAUGCAAAUAUGGCAAUUAAUGGUAAGUUGGUUUUGUUAAUAUUUUGUUGUUGACGGGCAAAGAGUUAAAAUGAAGAGAUUUUAAAUUUAAGAGAAAAUAUAAGGUUCUUUUUUGUCAUUUUGAUUAAAAACAGAGUUAGGCAAAGAGCUCUCUUAUUGCUUUUUGGCUUUCUGUUGCUUUCUUUGUUGGAGGGCAAAGAGUUAAAAUGAAGAGAUUUUAAAUUUAAGAGAAAAUAUAAGGUUUUUUGUCAUUUUGAUUAAAAACAGAGUUAGGCAAAGAGCUCUCUUAUUGCUUUUUUGCUUUCUGUUGCUUUCUUACAUAUAUGACCCCAAAAGGUCAUAUGUCUUUCUCUCUCUGGUGAAGCCUAAUUUAGUUCUAUCAUAGACCGAGUCGGAAUAGUUAUAGAUAGAGAGUAAACAAUGAGCUUAGUCUAUCUCUUGCACAUGAUAGUAUUUCUCUUUAGGAAAUAUUAUCCUGAAACUGUCAAACUUUCUCUUGCAAUCAACGGAAUUCUGCUUAAGACUUCACAUAGGUUUUACGCAAAAACUACAGAGCGGCUCAAAAUGAUAUUUAUCACAGGGAAAACUCUUAUCUCGUUGAAAGAAACUAAAGAUAUUGAUUGGAUGCUCUUACGAUCUAGAAAUCUUACGGAAAGUCUCUUCGCUACAAAUGAUCUUUAGACAACGUUUAAAAACAAGUUUUGAAAUGGAUUUUGACCGCCUUUCAUCAACAAAAUAAUCAGCGAGAGAAAUUUAAAAAACAAGAACAAUUUCAUUCUUCAGAAACUAAUUGUGAUUAAAAUUUUUAACAAGUUUACUUUAAACUUUCCCUUAACCUUUAAAUUUCAAAGAAAAUCUUUUACAACUGUUUUAAAUUUAGUCAAAAUUAGUUCCAAACUUAAGCUUAAAUCAAAUUUUAUUUUGAAAUAUUUCAAACUCUACAAUUGUUUUUCUAAUUUUAAAUUUUCCUAUAUUAUUGUUGAUUUGUUAAUCCCUUUAAAUUAAAUCCUUAACUAAUCAUUUCCGGUAUUUCUUUCAAAACUUCUGCACAACCCUCUUGUCACUCAUCCCUUUAAAACUAAAAUAUACAAAACAACAAACACCUGAGUAUUAAGAGCAAUAAAAACGUUAAAUAAUUUUGUAAACAAAAAAGGUCAGACAGUAGUGCAGUCGGUAGAGAGAUUGUUACAAAUUAAAUCCUUAAAUUACGAAAACAAUAAACACAAUAUAAUUGAGCUUAUGAGGGGAUAUUUUUUUCUAAAUGAAUAUAAUUUAUUCAAUGUUUUUUUUGCCAGCGUUCUGUUCUGCAAUAAUCACAAACAUCACGUGUGUGUACUUGAAAUUAUAAUUUGAACAAAGUUACCACGGGCAACUUGUAGAGAUUAAGUAGAAAUAAAAAAACAACAAAAUCGCAAAUAUUUAGGUACACGCCCUACAUUCUUCUUUAUUCUUUGUCAUAAAGUAGUAACAUUUACAAAUGAUUAAUAUGUAUAUAAAUACCUGAGAAUUAUAUAAUCUAGGAGGAAAACCACCCUGCGUUGUAAGUUUAGGAGUGUGUGGCCAAUAGAUAUGUAUUUUUUUUUGUUUUAAAACAAGAAUUUCAUUACUUUUGUGUUACUCUGGGUAACUGUGGAAUCAAGUGUUUGUGUUGAAAGCAUGCGAAUUUUUAUUUAAGUCGAAUUUUGCCCCCCAAAAUAUUUGACAGGAUUGACUGCUUAUAAAAUGUGUCAUUGACACACAGCUUACUUUUUGAGUGGUUUGCAAAGGUUGGGGUUUUUAUCGAUUUUGGAAAUUGGUGGUGAAAGCAGUUGAAAGGAAUUAUGGUUGUCUGGUCUUAUAUGUCAGGCAUACUUAAGAAUUUGGUAGAUUUUUAAGGAAAUAAUAAGACAAAUUAAGAGAUA